AUGAGAUUCCAUAUUCUUUUAUCAAUCAUUGUAUGUCUUUUGGUUGCUUUCACAACUGCCUCGACAACUACUAAAGAAACACAAUCAGUUGAAGAUAGAAUUCGUCAAGAAUUAAAGGUAUGGGAGAACAAUUGGAGUGGUUUCCCAAUCAACUGCAGACGUAUGGUUGACACCUUGUCAUCGGAUGGUAUCGUUGAAUACCCAGCUGGCAAGCACGUUAUUAGCGGUGGACACAAGAGAAUCUUUUCGAGAUGUGAAGGUUUCAUCACUGAGAACUUUAGUCAAAUCCAAUCCUACAUUACCGGCACCCCAUUGAUUGUUGGACACAACGUUGCCUUUGAACGUGCUACCCUUUUCAUGACCAAGAACAACUGUCGUCUCUACAACCGUGGUAUUGUCACCAUCAAGUACGACAAGGACUUUAAGAUCAAGGAGCUCAAGGACUACUUUGACCUCGAUGAACUCGUCGAAAAGUACCAAGCCUGUCAAUUCCCAGGUUCCCCACUUCCAGAUGUCAACGCUGAAAAGAAGGCUGAAGAGUCUGCUGCCACCUUUACCACUGAAGAUAAAAAGGUUACUGAAGAUACUCCAAAGCAAAAGGAUGAACUUUAA